UCUCUUCGACUAUUCUUCCUUCAACCCCCUCUCUCUAUUUCUCUCUUUAUCGAAGGCAAAGAAAAUUCUCUCUCUCUCUCUCUCUCUCUCUCUCUCUCUCUCUAGACGCAGAGAGCCUUGUUGAGAACAAUCUGUCUGCGCGCUUGAUUCGCGCGGAAAUCCCCACAAAAUUCUCUAUCUUCUAUCUGGGUUUUUCUUCGAUUCCUGAUUCGAGUUUCGUAGUGGGUGGUAACGGUAUUUUUUAGUUAACCCUUUGUUCCUGAAUCCAAUGGCUUCCAUUUCAAAACCAUAGUUUUCAUUUCAGAUGAAUUUGAAUUCCCCUUCAAUGGCGCGGUUGUUCUUUUUCCGUUUUUCCUUCCUCAUUCUCAUCGCUUUGUCUCGAUUUCUGGGUUUAUCCCUUUCAUUGGAUGAGAGUGCAAUUCGAUUGAGGCUUUUCGACGGGGACUACAAUUCUCCGGUGCCGUCUCCAUCUCCGGCGCCGCAGCCGGAGCCGGAUGACGGGUCGUCGUCGUCGGUGUCCUGCGUCGAUGAUCUCGGCGGCGUCGGCUCGUUGGACUCCACGUGUCAGCUAGUCGCCGAUUUGAACCUCGAGCGUGACCUCCUCAUCUCCGGCGAGGGCAAUCUUCAUGUCUUGCCGGGCGUGAGAUUGCAGUGCCCAAUCUCAGGCUGUUCGAUAAUCGUCAACAUCUCGGGGAAUUUUUCGCUGGGGCAAAACUCUUCGGUGGUCGCCGGGACAUUCAUUCUCGCGUCGGAAAACGCCGCCUUCGGGCACGGCUCCGCCGUCGACACAACUGGGUUGGCCGGGGAUCCGCCGCCCGAGACGAGCGGGACGCCUGAGGGCGUGGAAGGUUCGGGAGGCGGACACGGCGGGAGAGGCGCGUGCUGCUUGUCGGACGGGACGAAGCUUCCUGAGGAUGUCUGGGGAGGUGAGGUGUACGCUUGGUCGUCUCUGGAGACGCCGAGGAGCUACGGAAGCCGAGGUGGGUCGACGAGCAACGAGGUCGACUAUGGCGGAGGCGGAGGUGGGACGGUGGAGAUGGAGAUUCCAGGGAAUCUCGACAUAAACGGCUCUGUUUUGGCCGAUGGGGCCGAUGGAGGAGUCAAAGGUGGUGGUGGGUCCGGUGGAAGCAUCUACAUCAAAGCUCACAAAAUGAUGGGAAUUGGUCGUAUAAGCGCAUCCGGAGGUAAUGGUUAUGCUGGUGGAGGUGGUGGACGGGUGUCAGUUGAUAUAUACAGCCGGCAUUCUGACCCGAAAGUCUUUGUGCAUGGGGGUAGUAGUUUCGGCUGUCCAGACAAUGCUGGAGCUGCUGGGACUAUAUAUGAUGUUGUUUCAGAGAGCCUUACUAUUGACAAUAACAAUAUGACAACAUAUACAGACACUCUUCUUCUGGAGUUCCCUUAUCAUCAUAUUUUCACUAACGUAUAUAUCCAAAAUCAUGCCAAAGUUGCUGUUCCUUUGCGUUGGAGCCGUGUCCAGGUUCAAGGAUUGAUUAGCUUGUCAAAUGGAGGGGUUUUAAGCUUUGGGCUUCCUCGUUAUGCUUCUUCAGAAUUUGAAUUAUUUGCUGAGGAACUCUUGAUGAGCAAUUCUGAUAUCAAGGUAUACGGGGCGUUACGCAUGACUGUCAAGAUGUUCUUGAUGUGGAAAUCGAAAAUGGUUAUAGAAGGAGUUGGAGCAACGAUAUUAGGAACUUCAAUGCUUGAAAUUAGUAAUUUGUUAGUACUCAAGGAGUCAUCUGUUAUACAUUCCAACGGAAACCUUGGAGUACAUGGACAAGGUCUAUUGAAUCUGACAGGCCUAGGAGACACUAUCGAAGCACAACGUCUAAUUUUAUCUCUGUUUUACAACAUACACGUUGGAGCCGGAGCUGUCUUACGUGGUCCUUUGCAGAACGCAUCAAGUGGUGUCGUUACCCCGAGGCUUUACUGUCAACACGAAGAUUGCCCUGUUGAGCUAAUCCAUCCACCGGAAGAUUGCAAUGUCAACUCUUCCCUAUCGUUCACUCUCCAGAUAUGCCGAGUUGAGGAUAUCACUGUUGAAGGUCUCAUCAAAGGAUCUGUUAUCCAUUUCCACCUGGCAAGAACAUUAGUUGUUCAGUCUUCUGGAUCAAUAAGUGCAAACUGGAUGGGGUGCAAAGGUGGAGUUGGGAGAGGUAGGUUUCUGAGCAGUGGAAUUGGUAGUGGUGGGGGACAUGGUGGUAAAGGUGGACGAGGAUGUUACAAUCAUAAUUGUAUCGACGGUGGUGAUUCUUAUGGGAAUGCUGAUUUGCCAUGUGAACUUGGCAGUGGAAGUGGGAACGAAGAUUCGGCUGAUUCAGUUGCUGGUGGCGGAAUCAUAGUGAUUGGUUCUCUUGAGCACCCAUUGUCAAGCUUGUUACUUGAGGGAUCGAUUACAGUUGAUGGUGGAAGCCCGAGGAAGAUGCUCAGACUUGUAAACAAUUCAAGUAUAGCACCUGGUGGUGGUUCCGGUGGAACUGUACUUUUGUUCUUGCGUACACUUGAUAUAGGGAAGUCUGCUACUCUCUCUAGCAUUGGAGGAAAUGGUAGUCUCAAUGGGGGUGGAGGAGGAAGUGGUGGAAGGAUUCAUUUCCACUGGUCAGACAUUCCUACUGGAGAUGACUAUCAUCCUAUUGCCAAAGUAAAGGGAAGAAUUUAUGUAAGGGGAGGAGAGAGUAUCAGUGAAGGUGGUGCUGGAGAAAUGGGAACUGUGACCGGUAAAGCUUGUCCAAGAGGACUCUAUGGCUUAUUUUGCGAGGCAUGUCCUACUGGAACUUUUAAGAAUGUUACUGGAUCUGAUAGAGCCCUUUGUCAUCGUUGUCCACCUAGCGAUCUUCCUCAUCGUGCUGUAUAUGUCACUGUUCGAGGUGGUAUUGCUGAAACACCUUGUCCAUAUCGAUGCAUUUCUGAUAGAUACCACAUGCCGAACUGUUAUACUACCUUGGAAGAGUUGAUACACACAUUUGGUGGACCUUGGUUGUUUGGCGUUCUGCUGAUUGUUGUCCUCCUCCUUCUAGCACUUGUUUUUAGUGUUGCUCGGAUGAAAUUCGUUAGCGUUGAUGAAUCACCUGGGAAUGCCCCAGCCCAUCAUGGCUCUCAAAUUGAUCAUUCCCUUCCUUUCCUUGAAUCAUUAAACGAGGUGAUGGAAACAACUAGAGUGGAGGAAUCACAGAGUCACAUGCAUAGGAUAUUCCUUUUAGGUCCUAAUACUUUCAGUGAACCUUGGCAUCUUUCCCACACACCCCCAGAAGAAAUAAAAGAGAUUGUAUAUGAAGCUGCAUACAAUGAAUUCGUUGACGAGAUCAAUACUAUAGCUGCAUAUCAAUGGUGGGAGGGUGCAGUUUACAUUAUGCUCUCAGUUCUUGUAUAUCCUCUUGCAUGGUCAUGGCAGCAAUCUCGUCGGAGGCUGAAAUUUGAGAGAUUGCGUGACUUUGUUCGGUCAGAAUAUGACCAUUCUUGUUUACGUUCAUGUCGUUCAAGGGCUCUAUACGAGGGGCUUAAGGUUGCUGCUACGCCGGAUUUAAUGUUAGCAUAUCUUGAUUUCUUCCUUGGCGGUGAUGAAAAGAGAACAGAUCUUCCUCCUCCGAUUAAUCAGAGAUUUCCCAUGCCACUAAUAUUCGGAGGCGAUGGAAGUUACAUGGCCACUUUCUCACUCCAAAGCGACAAUAUCUUAACAAGUCUCAUGAGCCAGUUGAUCCCUCCGACCACUUGGUACCGGUUUGUUGCCGGUCUGAAUGCUCAGUUGCGUCUUGUCCACCAAGGGAGACUGAAGUUAACGUUUCGUUCUGUCCUGAGAUGGCUUGAAACUCAUGGAAAUCCUGCUUUGAAAAUACAUGGUGUUCGUGUUGAUCUUGCUAGAUUUCAGACACCAUCAUCAUCAGCUUCUUGUCAAUAUGGACUCAUGGUCCAAACCGUGGCAGUUGAUGAAGAGAUAUCAACCAGAAGUGUUGAUGAACCGCCACAAACUGAGCAUCAUCCAUGGGGAACAGAAACUGCAAAUUCCUAUGAUGGUUCUGGACAAACUUUGGUUUGGAAUCAAGCCCUAAGAAGCGCAAUCAAUCGGGCGAAGCAACGGGAGUGCGGAGAAAUCAUAAACAUUAGCGGCUUACAGCUGCUCAAAGAGAAAACAGACGUCUUUUCCGUCCUCUCCUUCUUAAUCCAUAACACAAAACCCGUUGGCCACCAGGAUCUGGUUGGCUUGGUUAUCUCACUGCUACUCCUAGGAGAUUUUAGCGUAAUGUUGUUGACGCUGCUCCAACUCUACUCGAUAUCUUUGCUCGAUGUCUUUCUCGAUUUGUUGAUUUUACCUCUCAGCAUUCUUUUCCCAUUUCCUGCUGGAAUCAGCGCUCUGUUUAGCCACGGGCCAAGGCGCUCAGCUGCGCGUUCUCGUGUUUAUGCAUUGUGGAAUCUCACCUCUCUAUCGAAUGUUGUUGUUGCAUUCAUUUGCGGAUAUCUUCACUAUCAUGGCCAAUCAUCAGCUGGGAAAAAGAUUCCUUAUCUUCAGCCAUGGAACAUUAGCAUGGACGAAAACGAGUGGUGGAUCUUUCCAGUUGCAUUGUUCCUCUGCAAAAUCCUGCAAUCGCAACUCAUAAACUGGCACGUGGGCAAUCUCGAGAUCCAAGAUUACUCAUUGUACAGCGAUGACUUCGAGCUUUUCUGGCAGUCAUGACAUUCUCUACAGCUACAAGCAUAUAAUAUAUAUACACACACUAAACAACAGUUGAGCUAAUGGUUGUUUCUGGUUUGGACAAGCUGAUGAAUUUCAGGGGACAUGCUAACAACACAUAGAAGUAGAUGAAGAAUAAGCCUGAAAGAUUGACAAACAGCAAAAGGGUACGUUUAUUUUCUCGUGUCCAACGGAAUCUAAAUCCGUUCAUCCUAGUUCUUGGUUUCUCAGAAAUCCUCUUUUUUUGAUGGAUUCCUAUAUGUAAAUAGGAGCUAGGAUUUGCAACGGAUUUUCCUUUUCACUAACAGUUUCUUGUUCGUAUAUUGUUAUAUUGAUUAAUGGUGUGGAUGAUUUUGUGUAAUACGGUUCCUUUAAGACGUGUUUGGAUCACGCAGAAUUGUGUUGGUCAUUGUUGGAUGGCUUAUCUGUUAUUCCCUCAA